AUGGAGGCAAGCGCGCAGCUACUUUUCUUAAUUGCGGCCUUUUUUAUGCAGGGAAUUUACGCACAGGACUUCUAUGGACACAGCCUCACGUUUCUACCACCACAAAGAAAUUUAGAUGGAACCACAUUGGUUGGGGUGGUCAGCAGAGACAAUGGCCGCUUGUCCUGUCCCGCUCCGCUGGAGUACACAUGCGGCGACAGCGGCGUUUGCACGAACAUCGACGCAGACACUGCUACCGUGACAACCAAUGACGGCACGGGACAACAGCGCUGGUGCCAGUCAGAGCAGGACACCAGCAUCACGGUGACGACUGGAGCCAAGAGCCUCUCACUCAGCUCCAAGGGCUGCUGCUGGUUGUCGAAUGUUGAAAAUGUGAAGGACUGGAGCGCAGUGGCUCAGAUGGAUUUGGGACAACGCUCAGACACGUUCAGCAUCAACCACUGCCCUGUGUCAGCCACCGUGUCCUCCAUGAGAGUGCCACAGAACUGCUUUUCAAAGGUCUCCCUUUUGGCUCAUGAUCCAGACGGAGAUGAAGUCAAGUGCAGCUUAACGAGCACCACGCCAACGAACAUUGUGCUCGAUGAGAACAAAUGCGUGCUGAGCUCUACUGGGGCCUUGAGUACAGGAGUGCAUGUGUUUGAGGUGCUGCUGGAGGAUUUCCCCAUCAAGAACAUAGACCUGAACUAUCCGGAUGGGAAAGUGGUCCAGCUGAACGUGUCUAACCCAAACCUCAGCUCCCUGUGCAGCGUCAAGCUACUCUUCUCCAUUGAAGUGCUGCCUCCGCUGCCCUCCUGUGAGCUGGGUCACGUUCAGCCCAUGUUCCUGUCCAAGACCCCGUCCCAGGGCUCUCUCCUGUACGCCUCAGGGGGAAAGACCAUCACCAUUGUGAUCGAGGCCCAGGCCCAACACAACAGCAUUAAGGACUUCCAGGUGAGCGGGCCUCGCAACAUGACCAAGGUGUUCUCUGACCACCCACUGGGGAAGGCUGCGGUGACCCUGAGCUGGACUCCACACCACCAGGACCUGUACCGACAUGUGCCCAUCUGCUUCACAGCAGAGACUGAUGAAACCCAAUCAGAGAUGCGGUGUGCUGUGAUAGUCGUGACCAAAUCCACGAUAACUCAAGGAAACGCCAUCGUGAAGUGCCAGGCUGACAGGAUGACGGUGUCUCUGGAGAAAGCCUCGGUUCCUGGGAUUGAUGAGAACUUCCUGAAGUUAUUGGACCCGUCCUGCUCCCUGACCUUCAACAGCACUCACAUCAUGGGCGCCAUGACCUACUCCACCUGUGGCACCAAAGUCGAGGACAAGGGGGACUUCAUUGUCUUCUUCAAUGAAAUCGACUCCUUUGAGUUGCCCACGGAGAUCAUCACAAGAAGGAGGAAGGUCAAGCUGGGCUUCUCGUGCCAGUUUCCCAAGUUCUUAUCUAUCUCUACCCACUACAACGUGCACACCAACGACUACAUCUUCACAGAGUCCACUUUUGGCAGCUUCCAGUACGCCUUCGAGAUCUACAAAGACGCUCAAUUCACGGAGAAGGUGCAGCCCAACGAGUAUCCAGUGGAGAUUGAGCUUUUCCAGAACUUGUACAUGUGCAUCAGGGCAACGUCAGAGCUACAGAACGUGAAAAUGUUCGUGGAGUCGUGUCGAGGGACUCCUGAUGAAAAUCCGGAUAACACUCUGUUCUAUGACCUCACCAAAGAUGGCUGUUCUAAAGACGAGACGUUCAACGUGGCUAAGUCCACAGACGACACCUACUGCUUUCAAGUUCAAUCGUUCAAAUUCAAUGGAAACAACGAUCAGGUCUACAUCACCUGCUCGGUUAUCCUGUGUGACAAGGACAGCCCCUUCUCCCGCUGUGCGCAGGGCUGUGUGGAGAACGCCAACCAGGCCAGACGGCGGCGCCGACGGAGCCUCUCCAAAGAGACAGAGGACCACCGCAUCACCCAGGGGCCCUUCAUCUUUCAGAACGCAGACUCUCUUCUCAGCAGUGAUAGCAUGGCAUUGAUUGCUGAUGCCGAGUUAAAGCCCACCCCGCUCCCCACCACAGCCAUAAGCAAGAGAGUCAAGUUAACAGAGCCUGGCCAGAGUUGGCUUGAUCGCUCAUCAGAAUCCGGAGAUGUUGUUUAUGUGGAAGACGAUGACGUUGAAGACGACUUCCUUGAGAUUCGGGAGAUCCUCGCCUCACACUGGAUCACCGCUGUCUUCGCCACAAGCUUCUUCCUCGCCAUCAUCACUAUGGUCUUCCUCGUCUGCUACUUCACAAAAAAGAGGCGAGCAGAGGACAGGAAGAUGUUGCUGGAAUCAGAGUGA